UAUAAAUAUUAUUCUCCCGACUAAUAAUCCAAAUUUUCUGCAACGGCGUCUCUCGCUUUAUUAUAACAGCACUGUGUGAUUUCGUUCGCGAUGACAAGUGUUUCUGAAGCAACUUAUAAAGGGAACUGAUAGCAGAAGAUGUAGUUCAGUCUCCGAUCUCGCGCUCGUCCAUGCAUCAUUUCGAGCUGAUCGUGCGCCCCAGUUUUCUCGUGAUCAGUGAACGAGUGUACCGCGAAAUUCUGAACGAUUUUUCAAAGAAUAAAAAGGGGGGAAACGUUUUGUAACGAUCAAGGAAAAGUGUAAUAACAUCUAGCCGCCAUUCAUGGAGAAUUACACGUCAGACUCCAGCGAUUCGGAUUCCAGCGCGAAGACGCUGGAUCUGUCCUACUUGAUGCUGGACACCCAGGUGCUGAACGACCAUUUCGUGAACGCCAAGUGUCCGCAGCAAGUGGACACGCUGUUACUCCACCAGAACCGGCUGGCCAACAUUCCGCAGAACAUCGUCAGAUUCACGAACUUAAAUUCCUUGGACAUAUCGAACUGCGGCUUGAACGAACUGCCGGAUUUUCUUGGGGACUGCCCGUUGUCCUGUCUGGUGGCGAAACACAACAACCUGACAAACGAUUCUCUGCCGAAAUGCUUCGAGAAUCUGUCGGGUCUCAGGGAGUUGAAUCUCAGUGGGAAUAGACUGACGGAAUUCCCGGAUCAAAUUCUCGAAAUCGCCGAGCUGAAGUACCUCUACCUGGGUGGAAAUUACAUCAGUGACGUUAGCAAGGAUGUAUGGAAAUUGCAAAGAUUGCAAGUGUUAUCGAUGGGAGGCAACAGGUUAACAGAGGUUCCAUCCACGUUAGGCGAGCUGAAGUGUCUCCAGGCGUUGGUACUAUGCGAUAACAUGCUGGAGAAUUUACCUAGCUCCAUAGCGAAGCUGACGAACCUGAAAUCGUUGUUACUUCAUAAAAACAGACUUAGAACACUGCCGACUGAAAUUAUUACUUUGAAGUGUUUAACCGAGUUAUCGUUAAGAGAUAAUCCACUGGUAGUAAGAUUCGUAUCGGACAUGACGCACAAUCCUCCAUCCCUUUUGGAACUGGCUGCCAGAGUGAUCAAGACUGCCGACAUUCGGUACGACGAGGAGAGCUUACCGAAAAACCUAGUGGAGUAUCUAAACAGCGGUCAUCGUUGCGUCAAUCCGAAGUGUAAAGGUGUAUUCUUCUAUAACAGAGUGGAACACGUGAAAUUCGUCGAUUUCUGUGGCAAAUAUCGUCUGCCAUUGUUGCAGUACCUCUGCAGCAGGAAGUGCGUGGAGUCGCGGGAUGGCGACGAAGUGGUCAGCGGCGCCAUGAUAAGGAAAGUUCUCCUCGGUUGACGAACAAGUCGCUAUAGUUCCUUUCAUCUUAAAGAUAUGAUCAUGCGUUUGAAAAACGAUGGGAAAGGAUCAGUGUUGGAUGUUCGAGUUAGGUCUCAAUUCUCUUUUCUUUAAAUUCGACAUUUGACAAACGCUGUCGUCGACAGUCGCAUAGGAAACUAAUUACACCAGUUAUACUAAUGGAAUUAGACAAUCGUUUCCUGAAUCCCAACGACUAUUCCUGUUGGAUUCAAUCAUCCAGACGUCGCGUUUGGAACUUGAACUUUUCCCAAGGAUUGCCUCCAUCUGAAAGAAAUCCUCUCCAUUUAUCUCCAAUAUUUACCAUUUGUAUUUUACAAAAAUAAACUUGUUGUUGAGUUGA